AUGAAGUUCUCCAACGCCCUUCAAGCUUUCACCCUUGCCAUUGCUGGCCUUGCCCAGGCACUUCCCGAUGGCUGGUACGAAGGAACCACGCUUUCGAAUGGCACCAUGGAAGCCAAGCCUCUUGGUGCCAGCGACACCAAGCUCUUCACCAUCGAGCCAUCCGCGGAUUGGGAGAGGUCCGUCAGCGAGCGAAGCGUCGAUGGUGGUGAACCUAUCUCUCGUCUUGGUAGACGAUCCACCUCCUGCUGGGGCUCAGCUCUGGACCGAGCCGGCACCGACGCCGCUGUCUCGGCUUGGAAGAAUAAGGUCGGACCAACUGGAGCCUUUGCUCUCCGUUCCGGCAGCAACCCCAAGGCCAUCUGGUUCAUUCGAAGAGGUGUCAAGGUGUACUACUGCAUCAACGCACCCAACAGCAGCGGAAGUCUUGAUCUUGUUGACUUCAAUCACGCCCUCAAGCAGAUGGACACUGCGUGCCCUCGGUACACUGCUGGUUACUUCCGGUGGGACGGGUCGGUCGAGAUCUUUGGCAAGGCGGCAGAGAAUGUUCCCAUUUGCCGAGGUUAA